AUGGGUAAGGUUCACGGCUCUCUCGCCCGUGCCGGUAAGGUCGAGCCCCAGGAGAAGAAGAAGAACCCCAAGGGCCGCGCCUACAAGCGUAUCCUGUACACCCGCCGUUUUGUGAACGUUACCCUGACCGGUGGCAAGCGCAAGGUACAUUUCGAAUCACUUUCCAUCACCCAUCACCCACUGCACACACUACACACAUCACACCACAACUCGAUGACUCUUUGCGACAAAUUCCACACCCGCCCAUAUCCUCCAAUACACACCACCCGAACUGGAAAGAACUUCACACUGACAGGAACCCACACAGAUGAACCCCAACCCCGGCACAUAAAUCACCAAAACCCCCUAGUCAUGACGGAGGGUCGAGUUUUCACCGAUGUUUGA